AUGGUCUCUUUCCCUCGUCCUCUCAUUCGCUCCUACUAGUCCAUACAUUCAUUUGUCUCUCUCUCGCUCCCUGUUCUUAUGUUGCGAUUCUGAAGAAACCUCGGGGUAGGGUUGAGCUUGUGUUGAGUUUUCAGGUUAUUCGCACUUCCAGUUUAUGCUUAUUGGAGAACUGAAAGUGAAAAGUCAUCAAGGAUUCGAGUACUAUACUUGCAUCAUUUUCAAUGGUUGAAAGCCGAAAUGGCAAUGCCAAAAGUACUAAUGUCAAAGCAUCUGGAGGGGCCAGUACGUACACUAUCAAUUUGGAUAAUUUCAGGAAGCGGCUAAAGAUGCUAUAUUCACACUGGGACGAAUACAAUGAUGAUCUAUGGGGCUCUUCUGAAGUUCUUGCAAUUGCAACUCCUCCUCCAUCUGAAGACUUACGUUAUUUGAAAUCAUCGGCUUUGAAUGUAUGGUUGGUUGGUUAUGAGUUCCCUGACACCAUUAUGGUAUUCAUGAAGAGGCAAAUCCAUUUCUUGUGUAGCCAAAAGAAGGCCUCUUUGCUUGAAGUUGUGAAGAUGCCUUCUAAGGAGGUCGUGGGUGUGGAAGUUGUGAUGCAUGUGAAAGGGAAAGGCGAUGAUGGGAAUGGAUUGAUGGAUAGCAUAUUUCGUGCCGUGCGUGCCCAGUCAAAGUUGGAUGGUCAUGAUACUCCUGUUGUUGGAUAUAUAGCAAGAGAGGCACCUGAAGGGAAUCUUUUGGAGAUGUGGGCUGAGAAACUAAAGAAUGCAAAUUUUCAACUCUGUGACAUCACAAAUGGAUUCUCUGACCUGUUUGCUAUGAAGGACCCUGUUGAGAUUACUAAUGUGAAGAAAGCUGCAUACUUAACUUCAUCAGUGAUGAAACAUUUUGUGGUCCCAAAGCUCGAAAAAGUCAUUGAUGAGGAGAAGAAGGUUUCUCAUUCUUCACUGAUGGAUGACACGGAGAAGGUCAUACUUGAACCUGCAAAGAUUAAGGUGAAGCUGAAGGCAGAAAAUAUUGACAUUUGUUACCCUCCUAUUUUUCAGAGCGGAGGAGAGUUUGAUCUCAAGCCAAGUGCUUCUAGCAAUGAUGAUAACCUUUACUAUGACUCUGCUAGUGUGAUCAUAUGUGCCAUUGGAUCACGUUACAACAGCUACUGCUCAAAUGUUGCCCGGACUUUUUUGAUUGAUGCCAAUCCUAUCCAGAGCAAGGCCUAUGAGGUUCUCCUUAAGGCACAUGAUGCAGCAAUUAAUGCUUUGAAACCUGGGAAUAAUGCUGCUGCUGCAUUCCAAGCAGCCCUGUCAGCAGUUGAGAAGGAUGCUCCAGAAUUGGUCACAAAUUUGACAAAAUCUGCAGGAACUGGAAUUGGCCUUGAGUUUCGUGAGUCUGGACUCAGUCUUAAUGGAAAGAAUGAUCGGGUUCUGAAACCUGGAAUGAUUUUUAAUGUGUCGCUUGGUUUUCAAAACUUGCAAACUGAGACCAAGAACCUAAAAACACAAAAAUUUUCUUUGCUACUCGCCGAUACGGUCAUUGUUGGUGAAACUAGUCCAGAAGUGGUGACUUCUAUAAGUUCUAAAGCUAUGAAGGAUGUGGCAUACUCAUUUAAUGAGGAUGAAGAAGAAGAACAGCCAAAAGUCAAAGCUCAGGCUACUGGUUCCAAGGCUAUGCCAUCAAAGGCAACCCUUAGGUCAGUCAACCACGAGAUGUCAAAGGAGGAACAGCGAAGGCAGCACCAGGCUGAACUUGCACGACAGAAAAAUGAAGAAACUGCUAGGAGGCUUGCUGGUGGUGGUUCUGGAAUGGGCGAUAAUCGUGGUGCUGUGAAACCAUCUGGUGAAUUGAUUGCAUACAAGAACAUUAAUGAUCUACCCCCUCCAAGAGAUCUUAUGAUUCAGAUUGAUCAGAAGAAUGAAGCCAUCUUAUUACCAAUUCAUGGAAGCAUGGUCCCUUUCCAUGUUGCAAUGGUAAAAAGUGUGUCAAGUCAGCAAGAUACAAAUCGCACUUGCUAUAUUCGAAUCAUCUUUAAUGUGCCUGGCACCCCUUUCAAUCCACAUGAUUCAAACACUUUGAAGUUUCAAAAUUCCAUUUAUGUUAAGGAAGUGUCAUUCCGCUCCAAGGACCCAAGGCAUAUAAGUGAAGUGGUACAGCUAAUUAAGACUCUGCGCAGGCAGGUUGCAUCUAGGGAGUAUGAGAAAGCUGAAAGAGCAACCUUAGUUACUCAGGAGAAACUUCAACUUUCGGGAGCCAAAUUUAAGCCAAUAAGGCUAUCUGAUCUAUGGAUCCGUCCUGUGUUUGGUGGUCGUGGAAGAAAGCUUACCGGUUCACUAGAAGCCCAUACAAAUGGUUUUAGGUAUUCAACUUCGAGGCCAGAUGAACGUGUGGAUAUUAUGUUUGGCAACGUCAAACAUGCAUUCUUCCAGCCAGCAGAGAGGGAGAUGAUCACUCUUUUGCACUUUCAUCUACACAAUCACAUAAUGGUGGGAAACAAGAAAACAAAGGAUGUGCAGUUCUAUAUUGAGGUGAUGGAUGUAGUCCAGACACUUGGAGGCGGUAAAAGAUCUGCCUAUGACCCUGAUGAAAUUGAGGAAGAACAGAGAGAGAGGGACAGGAAGAACAAAAUUAACAUGGAGUUCCAGAACUUUGUGAAUCGAGUGAAUGACCUCUGGGGGCAACCCCAAUUCAAAGCACUUGAUUUGGAGUUUGACCAGCCAUUCAGGGACCUUGGCUUCCAUGGUGUACCCCAUAAAUCUUCGGCUUUUAUUGUCCCAACUUCAAGCUGCCUAGUUGAACUCAUAGAGACCCCUUUUGUGGUGAUCACCUUAAAUGAAAUUGAGAUAGUUAACCUGGAGAGAGUAGGUCUUGGGCAGAAGAAUUUUGACAUGACCAUUGUGUUCAAGGACUUUAAGCGGGAUGUAUUUCGUAUUGACUCUAUACCUUCAACUUCUCUUGAUGGCAUCAAGGAGUGGCUUGAUACCACAGACCUCAAGUAUUAUGAGAGCAGGCUAAAUCUGAACUGGAGACCCAUAUUGAAAACAAUCACUGAGGACCCAGAAAAAUUCAUUGAGGAUGGUGGGUGGGAAUUCUUGAACAUGGAGGCUAGUGAUUCAGAUUCUGAAAACUCCCAGGAGUCGGACCAAGGGUAUGAACCUUCAGAUGUACAGUCUGACUCGGUGUCUGAUGAGGACAAUGAUGACAGUGAGUCUCUAGUGGAGUCUGAGGAUGAUGAAGAGGAGGACACUGAAGAAGAUUCAGAGGAGGAUAAAGGUAAAACUUGGGAAGAGUUGGAAAGAGAGGCGAGCCGAGCUGACAGGGAGAAAGGGGAUGAGUCAGAUAGUGAGGAUGAGAGGAAGCGGAGGAAGAUAAAGGCUUUUGGGAAGACUCGGGCACCGGAUAAGAAAUAUCCAGGUGGUGGCCUUCCCAAGAGGUCCAAAUUGAGGUAAACAUAGGGAAAGGACACCUACUCCUUUAGUCGUUCUCUUACUCUCUUCUGUUGAGUAAUGCAGUGGCAUUACCAGGUGUGAGGAUCAUUUCUGUUUAGUUCAUGCCACGCUAGGACUUUUGAGUAAUACGACUUGCUUGCUUGCACUUACACUUGCACAUUCUCACAUAAUUUAUGCAGUUAUGAGUUAACGAAAAAGAUUGAUCUUUUCUAUAAGUGUCUGUAAAUUUUUAGUGGAGAGGGUGAGACCUUGUCUGGAAUAAUUAGCUCUCAGGUCCUUGGUAGGAAAUGCCAUCCAUACGGCCAGAUCUUUAUGUUUAGCUGGACACGUCUACACUUUACCACGAGUCAUGACGCAUUGGGAUGAUAACAUUUUUGUUCAUGUAACUGAUGCAAUGAUCUUUCUGAAAGAUCCAUAUUUUGUUGGAUGACUUUUAAUGUAUGAAAGAAAUAGUGUGUGCUUCUAAAACAAAUUAGCAUUAGUAUUAUCUUGAAAUU